AAGAGGAGGAAGUAAGAAAUAGCAAUCAGCUCUUUGGUCUCGGCGGCAGAAGCAAGAUGACGAAGGGAACAUCAACGUUUGGAAAGCGUGGGAGUAAGACCCACACGCUGUGCCGCUGCUGUGGCUCUAAGGCCUACCACCUUCAGAAGUCGACCUGUGGCAAGUAUGGCUACCCUGCCAAGAGAAAGAGAAAGUAUAACUGGAGUGCUAAAGCUAAAAGACGAAAUACCACCGGGACUGGUCAGAUGAGGCACCUAAAAAUCGUAUACCACAGAUUCAGGCAUGGAUUCCGUGAAGGAACAACACCUAAACCCAAGCGAGCGGCUGUUGCAGCAUCCAGUUCAUCCUAAGGAUUUCAACGAUUAGUCGCGUAAUAAAUGUUCCGGCUUUUAAAAAUAAAACAAAAAAGAAAUAGCAAUCAGAAAACUUCCUCUUAAAGUGACCUAGUCUGGAGGAGGCAAGGACAGGACAUUAAGUUAGUCAAAUGGCCCAAGGCACUAUGCCAUCAUCUCUUCCUUUCCAUCUCUUUUCUGGAUGACUGCGGCAGUUUCUCCAGGGGUUUCCCUGCUCCUAACCUGGACUUUCUGCCCCACCGCAAUCCACUCUCCACAGAACAGAGCAAUCAGCUCCUGCCAUCUCCUUCCUUGCUUUUGGAACAGCAUUCAAACUUCCUAAGCUGGCC